AUGCUACAUCAACGAAGACUAUUUUGGAUAUGUUUCUAUAGUUCAUGUACAUUAUUCUUCUUCAGUGCUUUGAUUUAUGAUCAUUAUCAAUCACACUUUGAUUUUGAUAAUCAAUUAACAAAUGAAAAUAUCUCGAUUGAAAAAGCUCUAAAACAAAUGCCAAUAUGUGUUCCAGAUGAUCGUCCUCGUCAACGUACUAUUCUUUAUACUCUUCUAGAAUGGACUCAUUUUGCUCAAAAAUAUAAUAUUCGAUAUUGGAUUGCCUAUGGAUCACUUGUUGGGUAUGUUCAACGUCAUGGUUUAUUGCCACAUGAUUUGGAUGUUGAUCUUUUAAUCAUGGCACAAGAUACAUCACAACUUUUUCAACUUUCUCAAUUAAAUUUUUCAUCAAUUUAUGAACUCAAAGUUCAACCACAAUGGUAUAUUGUCGGAGAAACAAAACGUUCAUAUUUUUAUUCUGAAGGUAUUAAUUUUGUUGCACCGAAUGCACGAUUUAUUAAUCGAAAAGAUCAUAUUCAUGUUGACAUUUGGCCUAUGUAUGAUUAUGAUCCAAGUGAAACGAGAAUGGAAAAGAAUCGUAAGCCAAUGCUUACUGAAUAUGAUGAAUAUUAUAAUUGGAAAUCAUCGCCACAAGAAUGGACAUUUCCAUUACAAGAAUGUCUAUUUAGUGGAAUUAAAGUAUGGUCAGAACAAUAUAAUCCUCAGUAUUGGAUAACAUUUGGAACACUUGUUGGUUAUGUUCAACGUCGUGGUUUAUUACCACAUGAUUUAGAUGUUGAUGUAAUAAUGAUGUCUGAUGAUACACCACAACUUAUUAAACUUUCUCAAUCGAAUAUUUCUUCCGAUUAUGAAAUUAAAGUUCAACCACAAUGGUAUAUUGUGAAUGAAACUCAUCGUUCUUAUUUUCGUGAACAAGGUGUAAAUUUUAUUGCACCUAAUGCAAGAUUCAUUCAUCGAGAAACCAGACAACGAGUUGAUAUAUUUCCUGCAUAUGAUUUUAAUCCACUUUAUGCAAACAAAUCAAUAGAAAACAAACAAUCAGAAAAUUUAACAAUCUAUGAUCUCAGAUAUCGUUGGUUAUCAUAUCCCAGAAAUUGGACAUAUCCAUUAAAAACAUGUUAUUUUAGUGAUAUAAAAGUUUUGUGUCCAUCAGAACCUGAAAAACUCGUAGCAACUAUUUACGGCAUCGAUGCUAUAACGAAAUCCGAUACUAAAUGUGUUAAUGGUAGCUGGAUCAAAGCGUUGUAA